UUUUUAGAGUCGAGUCGAGUGACAAAUAAAGCGCUAAAAAAAUACAUGAGUUUUGCAAUCAAUUAAUGGCUAAACCAUUGAUGAUCUCUGAGAUUAUCAUCACUUCAUUAUUGAGUGCCAUUCAAGACAUUCAUCGAGAUGUCUGAGUUUGACAUUCACAACGAUGUCAAUCAAUUGAUGAAACUUCUCGAAAUUGAGGAGAAUAUAGCCGAAGGAGUGACAGCCGAUGAGUUGACCGAUGUAUUGGCAAAGAGUGUGGAACAACGGUCUAAAACAAGAGGUGCCAAAGAUACCUUCUUGAGGACAUUGGAAAUCAAAAGUGAUCCAGACUUCAGAAACAAAUACGAAGAUUUAAAGAUUCACAAUGUUCUUGAAUUGGAUCCAUUGGUCCAUUUAUUGGCCCGAAUUAACGACGAUAAAAAAAUCAAAUAUCUACUGAAUAUGCAAAACAAGAUAUCAACGAAAAAGCAGAACAAUCGACAACCCGUGGAUCAAUUGGAUGGCAUUUCACCGUUGAGUAACAGAGUGACUACGACGGCGUCCGCGUCGUCGACUAUUGACAGACAUUCGUUUCAUUCGGCGGCCACUCAUAGACUAAGCACAACCGAUAUUAAUUGUACGCCAAAUAUUGACGAAGAUUUUAUGGACAGACGAUCGGUUUAUACAAAAUCACCAAAAGACAUGUCGGCCAAGAAAAAGGGUAACCGAAACAAAAUGCAUGACUGGAAGUUCCUGACGUUUGACUAUCAAUUUAAUGAUUGGUCUCAAGAAGACCCGAUUAGGCCUUUAAACAGUUUAUCAGUGGCCGAACAAGAAAGUGCUCUUAUAGAAGAUCUUCUAUUUGUUCUCAUUGGUAUCGAAGGCCGAUACAUACGAUUACAACAACUUAGGGAUAAACCUAAUAAACAUGAUAUUGUGGUCGACAAGGGUGGCGAUGAACUACUCUACACAUUAGCCCAAAGGAUAAUUGCUUUGUGUCCAUACUUUUCGCAAAUCAAUCAUUUUAUCGAUACAAUUGACAACGGUUUAGUAAAUCAGGCUCUCGUGGCUGCCAUGAGAGCACAGAUUAAAGAUUUUUUUACAUUGAUUAGUCAACUCGAGACACAACACAGAAAGUCUGAUUUGACUCUACAAAAGAUGUGGUAUUAUCUUCAGCCAAGUUUUACCAAUUUAGCGAUACUUAAGGAUAUCGCCAGUAAAGUUGUAAAGAGCAAUUCAAUUGGUGGAGCCGUUCUUAGUAUUCUUCAUGAGAAGACAAUAUCAAUGACAGGUAACACAAAAGCACAGGAGUUCUGUUUGUUACUAACAAGAAAAGCAAGCGAACCCUACUUUGAAAUACUCGACACUUGGAUUUAUGAAGGAAUUAUUGACGAUCCGUACAAAGAGUUCUUAGUCGAGGACAGAGCCAAUGAAAGCGAUGAUAUCAUUCUUGACGAUCUCUUUUGGGAGAGUCGUUAUGAAGUAAUUAGAUCACGUAUUCCAGUAUUUUUUGAAAGACAUACGGAUAUGAUUAUGAAAACCGGAAAGUAUUUAAGUGUUAUUCGCAAUUGUGGCCGAAAGAUAUCGCGACCGCAACCACCAGAACAUCUUUGUUAUACAACAGAAGAACGAAUUUAUAUCGAAAGUAUUGAAUCCGCCUAUAAGUUUGCUUCAAAAGAAUUACUUCAUCUAUUGGUCGACGAAUCGGAUCUAAUGGGAAGAUUAAAGUCAAUAAAACAUUAUUUCUUUAUGGAUUUUGGAGACUUUAUCGUACAGUUUAUGGAUUUGGCCGGCGAUGAACUAGAAAAAGAUGUCAACGAUAUAGCACUGAAUAGGUUGCACUCAUUGCUUGAGUUGGCUUUGCGGACAAGUUUGAUGAACUCGGAUCCGUAUAAGGAUGACGUCCGCAUUGAAUUAUUGUCCGAUUCAUUGCACACACAAAUGUCGGAAAUUUUAAAUAUCGGUACAAAUUCGCCAAACUUUGAGAUAACAGAGCCGUACACACUGAAAGGUGCCGAAGCACUGACAUUGGACUUCCAGGUGUCCUGGCCACUUUCACUUAUCAUAAGCCGCAAAAACAUUACGUGCUAUCAAAUGCUUUUCCGACAUCUUUUCUAUUGUAAAUAUGUUGAGCGACAACUUGAAGAGGUCUGGAAAAACAAUAAAAUAGCCAAACGUUUUACAUUCAAUGCUGUCAUCGGUUAUGGAAAGGCAUUUUGUUUGAGACAAAAAAUGUUGAAUUUUGUCCAAAAUCUUGAAUACUAUAUAAUGUUGGAAGUAAUUGAACCAACAUUUCAUCAAUUCUUGGAAUACGUUCAGACAAAGGUAUCGAGUGUUGACGAUAUGAUGAAAUCACACGAAGAUUACAUACAAAAGUGUUUGCGCGACGCUAUGUUGACAUCUGGAGAACUAUUAAAAGCAAUCGUUCAACUAUUAAGACUUUGUAUUGUUUUCUCCAAUUUUAUGAAAGACUCGCAAAGCCAUUCAACACAAUACGAGUUAUUGGAUUCAAGUCAAGUAUUAGACAAAGAGUUUAAGCGAAUCAAUGAAGAAGACGAGAACGUUAGCGACACUAAAUCACUUCAGAACAGCUUUGAAGAUCACAUCUCUUUAAUGCAAUCAGAAUUCGAUGCAGUUCUCCAUCAAUUACUUCAGGCAAUUAAACUUAAAACUCAAGAAAGUUAUACAAUGAUUCCAGUGUUGAAUAGACUUGAUUUCAAUGGCUUUUAUCAAUCAUUAGAAGCUCGAAACGAUUUGUAAAAAGAAAUCAUAUCAUUAUUUUUUUGCCAAAUUUCAUAAAUAAUACCAAAAUUACAAUAAAAAAAUAAUAAUA